ACGUACGCUCGCGGGUUUUUGGAAUACACUGUCCUGCCCAACGGCGUUUACAUUACGCCAUAUUUCGAGACUCGUGAAACAACGAACACUUGGUAUACUCGGAUUGCCACAGCUACAUACAACUCGUUCGCUACCAUCCAUAGGUACAUUUAAGUACAUCAAAUAUCGAUUGGUCAGAAUGGUUCGCCUCUAUUUCGCCGUCCUCGCCGCUGUCCUUGUCCAGAGCGGCUCGUCUCUGCCUCUUGAGGAGAGACAGUCUCACGACUCUGAGCGGCCUGGUUUCCCUACUGGUUUCUCUACUGGUUUCCCUACUGGUUUCCCAACGGGCUUCCCCACCGAGUUUCCGACUCCCACGGGACUGCCGACCGGAAUUCCUACAGGAUUCCCUACCGGCUUACCCUCCGGGAUCCCCACUGGCUUUCCCACAGGUAGUGACUUCCCUAUCCCGACCGGCUUUCCUCAUCACGGCGGCCACCACCAUGGCGAUCAGGGCCCUAAGGGACAUGACGGACAGCAAGGUCAGGAUGGCAAAGAAGAAGCCCUCAGGAAGCGCGAUGUCCCCGUAACUCCUAAGUGGCUCCGCUGGCUUCCCUUCGAGAACAUCAACAUGUAAAGAUCCUCCUAUCUGUUUCACGUCGACGAUCGGAGACUCGAGGGGGACUAGGAUGAGGAACGGCUGGAUCCGAUACCAGGCUGGUUCUCCCUCGUAGCAAACAAUCAAAGAACACAUAUACCAGACGACGAGAAGAGAAGAGCACGAGGAAAAGAAAAGAGUCACUUCAAGAGCGAUUGGGGUUGGAGAGGAAAGCAAGGAACAAAAUUAGGGCUGUAGAAGGUUUAUCGAACUUCCUU